ACCGCAGCGCGACGGGCAGCGGGAUGCACCGGCGGGGGGUGGGCGCGGGCGCCAUCGCCAAGAAGAAGCUCGCGGAGGCCAAGUACAAGGAGCGAGGGACGGUCCUGGCCGAAGACCAGCUGGCCCAGAUGUCCAAGCAGCUGGACAUGUUCAAGACCAACCUGGAGGAGUUUGCCAGCAAACACAAGCAAGAGAUCCGGAAGAACCCCGAGUUCCGGGUCCAGUUCCAGGACAUGUGUGCAACCAUCGGAGUGGAUCCUUUGGCAUCUGGUAAAGGAUUCUGGUCCGAGAUGCUGGGAGUUGGAGACUUUUACUACGAGCUGGGUGUGCAGAUCAUUGAAGUUUGCUUGGCUCUGAAGCACAGGAAUGGAGGUCUGAUAACACUGGAAGAGCUUCAUCAGCAAGUGCUGAAGGGAAGGGGGAAGUUUGCUCAGGAUGUCAGCCAGGACGAUCUCCUGCGUGCAAUCAAGAAACUGAAGGUCUUGGGGAACGGCUUUGGGAUUAUCCCUGUUGGUGGAACAUAUCUGGUCCAGUCAGUGCCAGCUGAACUGAACAUGGAUCACACGGUCGUCUUGCAGCUGGCAGAGAAGAAGGGCUACGUAACAGUCAGUGAGAUCAGGUCCAGCCUGAAGUGGGAGAUGGAACGUGCAAAGCAAGUGCUGGAACACUUGCUGAAGGAAGGAAUGGCCUGGCUGGACACGCAGGCAGCAGGAGAACCUCAGUACUGGCUGCCUGCUCUCUUUACAGAGCUGUACUCUCAGGAAAUCACUCCAGAGGAAGCCAAGGAGGCAAUACCUUGACUGCUUCAUGUUCUGUGCCUGCCUAUAGUUCUUCUUGUGAGGUUAUUUGCAUAUCACCUGCAACACAGGGACAGUGGACUUGAAAUAAAGGUGUCUGACUUGAAAAGCUUAA